AUGACCUACAACCUCUCAAUAGAAGUGUUCGGACCCGGCACAGACCCCGAAUACCGAUCCCACUGGGGAUUCAUGAUCAACAAACCAGACAAUCUAGAUUUCGGCGAUCUCCUCCAAGUCGAGGUCAUCGAUAUUAACAAUCUAUGGUACGAGUACACACCCCGAUACGGAACCAAGAUCAUCGACAGGUGUGCAGUGGGGAUGUGCAAAAUUGCAGAUCUGACGCCCGAUCAACGAAGCCAAGCAAUCACCGUGAUCAAGAAAGAGGCUGCUCCUAGAGGGAAUAAUAAGAGAUGCCAGGAUUGGGUUUUUGACGCACUGCUCUCUCUUGAGAUCGAGGAUCUUGUCCCUUCUGGUACUUCCGAGUUUUGGAAGGGGAUGAUUGGGAAAGCGGCAGUCGAGGUUGCUAAAGCUUGUAGGGAGCAGUGGACUGCUUUUUGA